UUAAUACAAACGGUGAGUGUGUGUGUGGAACUGAAAAUGGGACGUCUCGAAGCUAAUCCACCUACUCAAUCCUCGGAUGGGUACCCUAACCACCAUGACAACCCACUAUCAUCACCCCAUGAAGAUGCUGUUAAUUAUACGGCUGAUAAUAGCAACAUUCGCUCUUACGUACCGGAAAAAAUGCCCCAACCUGAAGCUUACCCCCCUCCUCAACCUGUUCAGUAUCCUCCUCAGCCACAGCCUGUCCAAUAUCCUCCUCAGCAACAGCCACAGCCACAGCCACAGCCUGUCCAAUAUCCUCCUCAGCCACAGCCACAGCCAGUCCAGUUUCCACCUCAGCAGACUACUCAAAGUUACGACUAUGCCCACUCAAAUGCUCAGCCGUAUCAAACACCUCCUGUGAGUGCACAAGGGAUUGCCGUGGGAAGUCAAUACCUUGCUCCAACUCAGGAAUGGAGCAAGACAAAUGGUCUCUUUGACUGUGCUGAAGAUCCUGAAAACGCCAUCAUAACCGCUUGUUUCCCCUGCAUCACCUUCGGACAGAUUGCAGAGGUUGUCGACAACGGCCAGACUUCGUGCACCACGAGCGGACUUCUGUACUGUCUAAUCGCUUCAUUUAUUGGCAUUCCAUGCAUCAUGUCAUGCGGGUAUCGCACCAAAAUCAGGAACCGAUACGGGUUGAUGGAGACACCAGCACCAGACUGGGUCACGCACUUCUUUUGUGAGUGGUGUGCCCUUUGUCAAGAAUACCGGGAGCUCAAAGCCCGAGGCUUGGACCCUGCUAUAGGGUGGCAAGGAAAUAUGAUGAGGAACCAACAAAUGCAGCAGUAUACCACAAUGACUCCUCCGACCAACCAAACAAUGAUGUGAUUUCAGGGAGCUUAUAAUAAUAAUAUUAUUAUUAUUAUUAUUUUGAGAAAGGUGAUAUAUUAAAAAACUCAACCAAGCUGCUCAAGAAAUAAUAUUAUUAUUAACUGUUGCUAUUUCUGGAAUCGUUCAUUGUGUAUCCCUUGCUUUUUCUUAUUCAUACGUGUUUGUAAUAUCUAUUUCUUUUGUAUAAUACUUGAGGUUUUUAUUUACAGACAUGCCUCUAAUUAAA